CGAUGGUCUCCGGACCCCUCUCUGGAAACUUUCCAAUUCAAGUAAAGUUGUAAAAAUAUCGGCCAACUCCUCUUCCAUUCCCCAUGAGGGGUGGAGCGGAGACGAUGGAUUCUUGUAUUUGUAUUCGCUGGAUUCAUUUAGCAAGGAUAUGGGUCUCGUCGCGAGCGUGGUUGUUUAACUAGUCUCAGAGGUAGAUAAUGGGACUGAUCGGUGUAGUUAUUGCUUAUCGGGCGGGGUUGAGUCGAUAGGCAAAGAUGUUUCUUGGGAUAUAUAUAUGAGGCUGCGCUAUCCUGCUAGCGAUUCCUGAUACUUAAUGAAUUGAAUGAUUAUUUAUUUAUCCAAGCCCUGAGACCGAUAGGGAGAGGAAAAAAAAAAUCAAUCUCGAGUUUUUACUGUAUACCUAGUCAAGCAAGUACAUACUCAACAACUGGCCAAAAUGUCCAACCCCCCAGAAGAAUCAACCCUCCCCCUUCCCAUAAUCGACUUCUCCUCCUUCCAACCAACCAGCACACCAGCUGAACGUCUCGCCGUCGCGAAACAACUCACCGACGCAUGUCGUAAUGUUGGCUUCGUUUAUAUCAUCAACCAUCAAGUGUCGCCUGAGCGAUUGGAAGAAGCGUUCGGAUGGUCGAAGAAACUGUUUGACUUGAAGACGGAAGAGAAGAUGCUUGCGCCCCAUCCGGAUGGACCGAAGGUGCAUCGGGGGUAUUCGUGGCCGGGGCUGGAGAAGGUGAAUCAGGUCCUUGGCGAUGAGGAGGAUAGUGAGACGUUGAAGAAGAAGACGAGGGAGGUGGUGGAUUGUAAGCCCAAUGUCUGGCUGCCGGAAGACGUCCUUCCCGGAUUCCGCGAAUUCACUACCUCAUUCUACUGGGAAUGCUGGCGCACAGCACAAGAUAUCCUCCGCGCUUUGUCUCUCGGCUUGGGUCUUCCUGAGGAAGACUAUCUCCUGCGCUUUCACGAUGGUCACAACAACCAGCUGCGUCUACUGCACUACCCACCGGUACCGGCAUCGGUGCUGGAGAGUCAGAAGUCAGCAAGGAUGCCAGCACAUACGGACUGGGGUUCCGUCACUAUGUUAUUCCAGGAUGACUGUGGAGGGUUGGAGGUGCAGAAUCGGCACGGGGAGUUCGUGAAGGCGCCGCCGCUGAAGAAUGCUAUUAUUAUGAAUAUCGGUGAUAUUUUGAUGAGGUGGAGUAAUGAUAUCCUCAAAUCGAACCUUCACCGGGUGGGAUUGCCUCCAUUCCAAGACCGCUUUGAAGGGGAUGAGCGCAUGACUCGGGCUCGUUACUCGAUUCCGUAUUUCAUCAGUCCGAAUGUCGACUGUGUCAUCCAGUGCCUGCCCUCAUGCUCGGACGCUCAGAAUCCCGCAAAGUAUCCGCCUGUGGUGCAGCAUGAAUAUCGGAUUAUGCGGGCUAGUAUGCAGUAUGAGACAAAGACGACCAAGGCUGUUGCGGUUGCCUAG